AUGGAUAAACUUGGACUAGACUAUUUAACCUGUCAAUUAAAUUUAGACAUGGAUUCUUCAUCCAGUAACUAUCAGUGCAAAACCCUUCUACCAAGUUACUUGAAUUCAGAUGGUUUCCAAGCAUCAUCAUUGUAUAUGAGACGAUGGAGAAGACGUCAGAACCGAAAGUUGGAGAUGAAUCAGCUCGAAGGUGGACAACAACUUCAGCAACAACAGUAUCCAUCGGAUGUCUCGGAUAACUGCGAAAGACAUAUGCUCACAAAAAUUCCAGUUACAGUUACAACUGACUCAGACACUUAUACCGAUGUCUGUACGCCAACAAAUUCCUCUUCCACAGUUGUCAGCAAUGUUAUGUCCCCAGGGAAUUAUAAGAAAAUACUAAUUGAUCGUUAUUUGCUGAGCCAAUCAAAAUCACAUUCUGCAACCAAUGGAAAUACUUCUCCAUUUGAUGAGAAGAUGGUUUCUCCCCCGUCAGAAAAGAAACAGUGUAAAGUUGAUAAUGGAAAUACAACGAAGAAUUCAUUUAGAGCAGACCUAAACUCUAUGGACGACAUAUCUGUUGAAUGUAAAAAGUCUAGUCAAGGUGUGUUAGAUACUACUGAAAUUGCAAAAAUUCAGUCUAUUUUUGAAUCUGCGCUACAUGAUACAACAAAAAGCCAGUUAACAGAGAAUGAGAAUACAAAUAAUCAGAAUUUUAUCCUGUCAGAUAAUAAUCCUACAAAUUGUAAAAAACAGUGCAAUGAAUCCAAUACGUUACUUCCUAAAUUCCAUUCACUACCAUCUGAAGACAAUAUUCAAAGGCAAUUAUCAAAUCAAAAUAGUCUCCUAGACAAUCUUAUUAUGCAAGUGAUUGACAGAAAUAUCAGUUCUAGAAUUUCAUCAGCUGGUAAACCGCAUCCCUUUAAUGUUCUAGAUUUAAUACACACAUUAUUGAUUAGACGGGGUUCCAUGAAUUCUGACCACCAACAACGAGCUGCUGCUGCUACUGCUGUCUAA